ACGAAGACUGGUGCUGGAUGGUGGUUUCCGCCGGCGCUUCCUGUCGACGUCACCUCCACGCUUUCGCCCUUCCCAAUCCGCCGCGAAACAUUUCUCCUCGGGCAGCAUUUUAUUGCGUGAAGCGGAAGCGAAGAGUGACCGCGGCUCGGUACUGUGCGAGCAUGAAUUGGGGCACAUGGAAGGGGAGGGGAGCGGACGAAUUGGGGCGCGAAGGGAAAACGACGUGUGCGUGAACGGCGAGGGGUGAGCGUGCAUGGGGCAUUGCGAAAGGGCGAGAAAAAGGAGCUGUGAGGCUUUAGAAGCAAGAGGGCCCAAACGUCACGUGCAUUGUGCUGGAUCCGACGUCUUCCUCCCACUCCUUCCUACUGCUUCCUGCCGUGCGCCUAGCCCUUCUAGUGUGCUGCUGGAUAAAGCUGCAGCUCGAGGGUUUGUGUCUUCAUCAGCAGAUUCUUGAACAUACUCAGUCUAUUAGUAUACCAGCCUGCCACAUUAUCUCGCAUUGAGCUCCUAGUUUCUUUGAGCAUCCACUUCGGAAUUAGAAGGAUUUUCUCGCAUUCUGCUCGUUCUGCAGCCCUAGUUUAGCGCCAAUGGCAGAAACAAAAACCUCGAGUAGGUGCCCUAGCUGGGUCCCUGAGCUCCUCAGCGGCCAUUACUUCUCUCCGUGCCGCCAGCACGCCGCGGCGCAUAAAUCCGAGCGCAACUUCUUCUGCAUCAAAUGCCGCGGCGACCCUCUCUGCACGCUCUGCGUGCAGAAGCACCACGCGGGCCCCGACCACGACAUUUUACAGAUUCGCCGCUCGUCGUACCACGACGUGGUGCGAGUGGGCGAGCUUGCGCGCCUCUUAGACCUCCACCACAUUCAGGUGUACGUGAUUAAUAGCGCGAAAGUGGUGUUUAUCAAUCCGCGGCCGCAGUCGCGCGUGGUGAAGGGCGCGCCGUACUUCUGCCGCACGUGCCACCGGACAUUGCUCGACGCCAGCCGGUUCUGCUCCAUCGGCUGCAAGCUCGCCGCAUUGCGCCAUGACCCCGCGCUCACAUUGCGUCCGCGGAGCGGCUCCGCACCCACGGAACAUGCGCGGGCGGCGGGACACACGCAUUUCGGGUCCAGCGCCGCGGGUGCUGACCGGCCAGCACGGUCUGGGGACGGGUUUUCUGACGACGACUCGGCCACGUGGUCGGCGGGGCACCGGCGGAAGGAAGGGGGGAACGAGUGGCGGAACGAGUGGCGCAAGCGCGCAUUGCCGCCGCUGCUGGUGGAGGAUAACGGCGCGGCUAGCUCCGGGGAGAGUGACGAGGGGCGCGCGGAGGAGUACGGGGAGGAGGGGGUGUCCGCGGACUGGCGGAGAGGCAGCGGGGAGCGGGAGAGGAAGCGCGCGCGGUAUGACAGGGCGCAGGGCGCGCAGUAUCAUCUGCAGUAUCCGGAGCUCCUAGGCGCGUCAUCCCCGGUGUUCUCCCCUUUAACGCCGCCCCUGGCAUAUCACCAUGACGGCAGCAGCGGCUCCCCAUGGCGCGCGCACAGGCGGAAGGGCGUUCCGCACCGCUCGCCCAUGUCCUAAAGCCCGAGUAGAAGUGCGGGGAUUGCGCCAGGUGGAUGUGUGGCGUUGGGUGUUUGAAGAGGCCGAGUCGUAACUCCUGAACCUGGAGUGCAUUCUUCAACCCAUCGCAUGAUACCCUUGGAUACCUUUGAAUUGGCUCGUGGUUCCGGUAAAUUGGGUUGCGUCAAGAAGAACUCUACAGGGCUUGCCUAGCCUAAGGUCGGAGGGAGUUGCUUUUAUGCCGCGCCAGGGCUGCUCCCCCUGUGAGGCUGUACAUAGUAGCGCUAGUAGUAUAGCUACCGUAUGCUGUUCUUUUAGACGUUAGCAGAUAGGUAGGCUGUAAGACGCUUGUACAUAUGUUUCUUUGUUAUCUCCCUCAGAAAUGAGUUGGUUCAAAUGCGUCU